AUGAGCAGACCGACCACCAUCAAGACCACCAUCAUGCCCAGCAACCCAAAGAUGACCGACAUCGGGAGCAUCAAGACCAUGAGCGUGUCGACCAACACAACCAAGAUCAAGAGCCUGACAGCUCUGCACCGCUCGAAGGACCGCCAGCACCACCAGCGGUACCGCCGGCCGCUCAAGAUGCCCAAGAUGGAGAAGAAGCCGCCGUGA